AUGGCGCCUGAAGAACAGAAAAAGCGCGGCUUGAUCAUAGUCUCCAACCGUCUGCCGCUGUCGCUCAAGAAGGUCGAUGGAGGUUUCGAGUCCAGCCUCUCCAGCGGUGGACUGGUGACUGCCUUGUCUGGCCUGACCAACUCGACGACAUUCAAAUGGUUCGGCUGGCCAGGAGUCAACAUCCCCGAUCCCGAAGAGCAGAAGAGGGCAGCAGAAUCGCUGGAAGGAAAGGGCGCAAAGGGUAUCUUUCUGGAGGAGGAGCUGGGACAUGCUCAUUACAAUGGAUUCUCGAAUUCCAUUCUCUGGCCGAUCCUCCAUUAUCAGUCUGGUGUCGUCUUCAAUGAGGAUUACUGGAAGGCCUACCAGCGCGUCAAUGAGAUUUUCGCAGAUACGGUCGCCAACGAAGCACAAGACGGCGAUCUGAUCUGGGUGCACGACUACCAUCUCCUGCUUCUGCCUGAGCUCCUUCGUGAGCGUCUCAAGAGCCAGGGGAAGAAGUGUCCGAUUGGGUUUACGCUGCACACUCCCUUCCCGGCAGGAGACUUCUGGCGCUCGCUGCCGGUCGAGAAGGAGCUGCUCAAGGGAGUUCUUGCGUGCGACGUGAUCGGAUUCCAUACCGAAGAGUACAAGCGGAAUUUUACCGAGGCUUGCGAACAGAGUUUGGACGCUCAAGCUACAGACAACAAUGAAAUCCAAUUCGGAGGUCACCGUGCUCAAGUUGGUGUAUUCGUGUUUGACGAUGCGUUGAAAGACGAAGGCGUCAUAAAGCGUAUCCAGGAAUUGGACGAGGAGUACAAGGACAAGAUUGUCGUUGUUGGAGUGGACCGACUGGACUACACCAAGGGUCUCGUGCAGAAACUCCAGGGAUUCGAGGAGUUCCUCAAGGAGAACCCGGAGCUUGCGAAGAAGGUUGUCUUGAUCCAGGUUGCGGUUCCCAGUCGCGAGGACGUCAAGGAGUACCAGGAGCUCGAAACGGAGAUUUCCACCCUCGUCGGGAAGAUCUGUGGGACUUAUGCCACCCCGGAGGGCGUGCCUCUGAUCUACAUCCACCGAUCCGUCUCCUUCCCCGAGCUGACAGCGCUGUACUGCGUCGCCAAAGCCUGUCUCAUCACCUCUCGGCGGGACGGCAUGAACCUCGUGGCCUCGGAGUACGUCGCCUGUCAGGAAGACCGAUAUGGGGUGCUAGUGCUCUCGGAACUGGCGGGCGCAGCGUCCUUCAUGGGCCAUGGCAGCGUCACCUUCCAUCCCUCCAGCACUCGCGAGCUCGCCAAUGCCAUCCACCAGGCGGUCACGAUGGACGACGAGGAGAAGAAGCGGCGCUACAAAGAGCUAAGCGAGUUUGUCACGACUCAUACAAGUGCCAAAUGGGGCGAGACGUUUGUGGAUACUCUGGCGAAGCGUUCGUCUUGA